UGUGAUAAACUUAUUAAAUAGAAGUGUCUGGUAAAAGAUGCAGUCCAUUGACGGAAUAGACCCUUGCACAGCCAAAGCCCUUCACAAAGAGCCCAAUGGAGACAUAGGGCCACAUGGAGACACAGUUGUGUCCUCUUCAUCGUCAUCGGCGAAGGGUCCAGAGGGUGACGGUAUGUCCUCCAAGGACUACUACUUCGACUCCUACGCUCACUUCGGAAUCCACGAGGAGAUGUUGAAAGACGAAGUGAGAACAGUGACCUACAGGAAUGCCAUGUAUCACAACAGACAUCUGUUCAAGGACAAAGUGGUGCUGGACGUAGGGUGUGGAACUGGAAUCCUGUCCAUGUUUGCAGCCAGAGCAGGCGCAAAACAUGUCAUUGGAAUAGACAUGUCGAACAUCAUCGAACACGCAGAGAGAAUUGUGAAGGACAACGAACUGAGCAGUGUGGUCUCUCUAGUGAAGGGCAAAGUGGAGGAGAUAGAACAGUUACCUCUGGGUGUGGAGAAGGUGGACAUUAUAGUAUCCGAGUGGAUGGGAUACUGUCUCUUCUAUGAGUCCAUGCUCGACAGUGUCAUAGUGGCUAGAGACAGAUGGCUGCAACCCGACGGCAUUCUAUUCCCUGACAUAGCAAGGCUAUAUGUCACUGCAAUUGAGGACAGAAGCUACAAAGACGAAAAGAUCAACUGGUGGUCGAAUGUGUAUGGGUUUGACAUGUCCCACAUGCGUAAAGUAGCCAUGUCAGAGCCCCUGGUAGACUCGAUUGACCCCAAGAACGUCGUGACAAACUCCUGCAUGGUGAGGGAAGUGGACUUGUACCAGUACAAAGUGGGAGACAGUAAUUUCAAGAGUGACUUCACACUCAAGUGCAAGAAGAAUGACUAUGUGCAUGCUAUAGUCUGUUUCUUCGAUGUGGAGUUCUCAAAGUGCCACAGACGCAUCGGAUUCUCAACGUCUCCCGAAUGCGACUACACACAUUGGAAGCAGACAGUGUUCUAUUUGAAUGACUACCUCACAGUGUGCAAGAACGAGGAACUCAAGGGCACUAUCGAAAUGUCACAGAACAAACGAAACAAAAGAGACUUGGACUUUGAAUUCCACAUUGAGUUUGACGGUAAAAUUUCGAAAACGCCAUCUCAAAAGUAUCUGUACAAGAUGAGAUGAGGCCAGGGCUGAUCGCGACCUGUGAACCCCUACCGUUUCGAAUAUCGGAUUUAGGGGUGCGUAGAAAGAGGUCGACCCCUCACUCACCUGCCGCCGCAAUACUUCCGUUUGUCCGACUCACUUGGCUGAGAACGACAAAGGAACCACAAUAUUCUGUUGCUGUUGACUUGAAUGAUGUUGAUUUUAUUAUCUCAAUCUGCAUUUGUGUUCUUUUCUUCCCAUUUUACUGUAAUUUAUUCAAAAGAGAUUUUGAUGAA